GAUUACACAUGAUGGACCAAAUGUAUUAAUCAUGCAGAUGUAUCACACAACAACACCAGAGCAGGCUUAGGUCAUUCCUGUACUCAGACUGAAAAAUCAGUGCAGAAUAGGGAACAGUAUUCUUACUUUCAGUGUCAUUAGUCCCACAAGAAACUCCAUACCUGCAGCAUAUCUUUAUUAAAGAUUUGAUUUUAAAUUUCUUUAAAACUAUAGUGUAAAAAUGUCUGAUUCCGAGUAUGCUAGAAGUCAUAUAUGUUACUGAACACAACCUAAUCAGUCCUGGCCAGAAUUUAUGAAAACAUUUUAUUGCGUCCCAAAGUUGAGAAUGUUUUUUCACUUAAAAAGUGCUAGUGUGAGACUUUUAAUUUGAAAUAUCUCUAAAACUGAACAGUGAAAAUGUCUGAUUUCAAGUAUGUUAGUAGUCAUAGAUGUCCUGAACACAACCUAGCAUGUCAUGUCCAGAAUCUAUGGAAAAUUUAGUUUUUAUUGUCUCAAAUAUGAGUUUUUGUAAAUUAAAAAGUGCCAAUUUCUAUACUAUACAGUAAACAUUUCUGAUUCCAAGUAUGCUAGUAGUCAUAGAUGUCCUGAACACAACCUAGUCAGUCCUGGUCAAAAAUGAUAGUUUAUAUUCAGCUCAAAUUUAUAUUUUUUGAUUAAAAUGAGUUAAUGUGAGACAUUUAAUUUGAAAUUUCUCUAAAACUGAACAGUAAAAACGUCUGAUUUCCAGUAUGCUAGUAGAUAUCUAUGUGCUGAACACAACUUUAUCAGUCUUGUUGAGAACUUAUAGAGACUUCUUUUUUAUACUACAGAGAACUCUCUGUGUUUUAUUUUGAAAACCGGAUGUCGAUAUCCUUACAAAUCAGCCUGAUUCGUUGGUUCACAGGCUUCUUUUUUUGUACCGUAAAAGCCUUUGUAAAGGAGGGCGGCCUAUGGUGGAGUGUGUGGCGUUCGCCGGUAGGUGGCGCUUGGCGACAGUAGGACCAUGAAACGGGAGGAGACUCUCUUUCUCGCAGCCUUUGUUGUUAUAGUAGAGGCUCAACUGUGGUCAGCACUUUCUGCUCGCCGGCUAACGUUACUCGUGUCCACUUUUACACUGGAGCACGGUCAGAGCCGGGCGUAGAGCCAGCCGUGUGUUGGAGCAGUGACGGAGAGACAGGAGGACACUGACUGCGGUGACGGAGGACACUCGGAGCCGCACAUGUAACGUCACAUUUUGAGCAUCAGCUGGAGGAAUUUAACCGACAGCAGCGGAGCGUUUUUACUCGUCCACGAACAAGAGGAGCGACUCCAUCCGAGCAUCAAGGUCCAGUGAUGGUUUGCUCUACAAAUCGGACUAUGUGGCUUCAGCUCGGACCUCCACCACUCCCACCAAGUCUUUGACAGUCUGGGUGAAGCUCGGAGCCAGUGCUCGCCCUCGAACCUCGUCCUGUUUUAAUGGAGACUCACAGCGUACUGUCCUUCACCGUGGCCUUGCUGGGAUUUCUGUCUCCGUGUCUGACACGACUGACUCCCAGAGUCUCCUUCCCCUUCGGUAGCCCCGGGAGACAUCUCACCCGCUUCAGUAGCUAUGAUGUCAGCAACACCACCACACUGCUGCUCAGUGAGGACGGAGACGUGCUCUAUGUUGGAGCCCGGGAUGCUGUGCUGGCACUGGACGUCGGCCACAAGGAUGUAAUCACUCUGAGGAAUAAGCUGGACUGGAGGCCUUCAGACAAAGACCUGGAACAAUGUUCUAUGAAAGGCAAGGAAAUGGCCGACUGCCCAAACUUCAUCCGCGUGCUGCAGUUCCUGAAUGCCUCCCAUAUCUAUGCCUGUGGGACGUUUGCCUUCAGUCCACGCUGCACCUAUGUGAACUCGGAGACGUUAACAAUGAGCAUCAGGCCCGAUGAAGGCAGGGGUCGCUGCCCUUACGACCCCUACCAGCGCAACACGGCUAUCAUCGUAGACGGGGAGCUUUACACUGGGACAGUAGCAGACUACAGGGGAAACCGGCCGGUCAUCUCACGACACCUCAGUGAGGGCAGGCGUGUGGACCUGAAGCUGGACGACACGUUAGGAUGGCUGGAAGAUCCAACCUUCAUUAGCUCCAGUUUCAUUCCCGACGAGGAGAAGGUCUACUUCUUCUUCAGUGAAGUAGGCAGAGAGUACGACUUCAUCGACAAAUUUAUCGUCUCUCGUGUUUCUCAGAUCUGCAUGAGUGACGUCGGCGGUCAGCGGACACUGCAGCGACGCUGGACCACAUUCGCCAAAGCUCAGCUCUUGUGCCAGGCGGACAACGAGCUCCCGUAUAAUGUGAUCCAGGACAUCGACACCCUCCCACCUGCAGAGGGAGCAUCUACAGACGAGACACUAUUUUACGGAAUCUUCACCUCGCAGUGGUCUGUCAACUCAGGGCGGUCUGCGGUGUGUUCCUUUCGCCUGAGUGACAUUAAAUCAGUUUUCUCUGGCAACUACAAAGUCCUGAACCGAGACACGUUGCAGUGGAGCACCCGCGUUCAGGAGAAGGUCGCAAAUCCAGGAGAGUGUGGACUGCACAACGCGUCUGACAACGCCCUGCGUUUCGUCAAGGAGAACUUUCUGGCGGACGACAGCGUGCGGCCCGUCGGGAGAAGUCUGACCAUGGCGUCUGCUGAGCACAAGUACAGUCACCUGACUGUCCAGAGAGUCCAGGCUGCCAACAACAGAGAAUACACCGUCCUCUUUCUGCUCACAGAGACUGGUUACCUGCACAAAUCAGUGUUGCUGCAGAGUGGGGCCCAUAUCAUCGAGGAGGUCCAGGUUUUUGAGCGGCCUCAGCCUGUUAAGAGCCUGAAGCUCUCUGUACCCAAGGGUGUGAUCUAUGUCGGCACAUCAGAGGGUGUGGUGAGGCUUCCAACAGCAAACUGCUCUUUUUACUGGACCUGUGCUCAGUGUGUCCUGGCCCGAGACCCCUUCUGUGGGUGGGACACUGCCAGCAGGGCCUGUGUGGAGGCGUCCAACACUCAGACCAGUGUAGCCCAGGACAUAGAGAGAGGAAAUGUAGAAGAGACAUGCAACACUGUGACGUUAACACACAUAGCCAGAUUUGGUCCAAACAAGAUGUCUGCAGCUUCAUGUCCCACAGGUGAGCUGGUGCCUGUGGCUCUGAAUGAGGUCGUGCGGCUCCAGUGUCCCGCGGCAUCGAAGCUGUCCCGGCAGCUGUGGGAGCGUCCCAACAGCCGCCUGUCCUCGGACCUGUACCUGCACCUGGGAGACGGGAGUCUGAGCUUUGUGGCCACCCCCGCCACACUGGGUCACUACCUCUGCCUGUCCACAGAGAACGGCUACCAGCAAACUAUGGCCAUCUAUCACGUCAGACAGAAGAGCAGCCCCGUCGUUCAGACUACCAGCAGCUACACCAGGCCGCGGACGCGCCCCACACUCGCCACACAGGCUGUGUCCAGGUCUGGAUCUGGACAGCACACGACUGGGUUUUGGCCUGAACCAAAAGAGACAAGACGGCAAGACACUGAGCCAACACAGUCCACUCGGGAUACACAGGGUGUUCCCAGGCAGCGGGGAAAGAACGUGACCCUGUGGACUCUAGGAUCUGGACAGAAUGAGUCGGGCUUUGUGGAAGGAGAGCCUCUGCCGUCGGCUCGAUACCCCUGUUACCUGAAGGAGCUGGUGGUUGUAUCGGUCCUGCUGGUGCUCUGCCUCAGUUUGCUCAUCACCGUGCUGAUGUACGUCAUCAGGCAGCGCUGCCGCAGGAGGACUGCUCCACACGCGGUGACUCCGAGCAGAGAGUCGGACAGAAGGACCCCGCUGGAGCAGGAGGCCCUCAGGAGAAACCAGUGUCUAAAUAAACGCACUGGACUGAGUCCACACAGUGGACAGGCCGGCGGCUCGGGCUGUAACGGAGCACUCACGGGCUCUAACGGACAUUUGCCCAACACUCCCAUCUGACCAGUCUUGGACAUUUGAACUGUUGCAAAUGAGACGGGAGGUCAGUCGGAGAUGGUGGUUACUACCUGUGGUACUUUUAAAGUGAUAGUUCAGGGUUUGUUUGUUUGUUUAAGUGUGGUUGUAUGGAGUAGUGAAACAUGGGCCUUUUGAGAUGAGUUCCCACUAUAAAGAAUGCGAUACAUCAUCAUAAAAGCAGGUAUGACACUGUUGUUGUGCUCAUGUGGGCUACGAAGGCAUAAUUAAGCACUUGUCUGCAGCCAAGGUGGAGACGAGUCUUAAAAAUGUCCUGACUAGUUAGUGGUUUGUACAAAACCGUAAGCGAGUUCAUUUGUAGUUGGUGUAGCUGCAUCACAUGCUCGCCGGUGUUCGCUUUAUUGCGGUUACGUUGGAUUCUUUGGUUUGGGUUAAUCUGGAAAAUAACCCUCCAUUUAAGUGUGCCUCUGGAAACUCUCUGAAGGGCUAGUUAGUUAGCGCUAACGUUUUACGGAAUUCUGCUAACUCAACAAGGACCAGGACACCCCACGCCAGGGCUAUUCCAGGACAAACUGCAUUUGUUUAAACCCAGAAAUUUAGCUGGGGUCAGUCAUUUUAUGCAGCAGGUGAUGACACAUUUUAAAACCAGCACAAAUGUGUGUAGCACACAGUGAAAAGUGCAUAAAAAAUACUAUACGUGAACAGAACACGCGACCCACGGAUGUCUCAAAGUGCAUUUAACAGAAUACAAAAUAAUUCUCAAAGCUCUCGAGCUACACAGAGCGCUGCUGAAUCUUUGAGGGACAGUGAAAUGUGUUUCUUGUUUUUCUCAGUGUUUCUGGUAGGGCGGAACAAUUGAUUUCAAUUUUAUGAAAAUUGCAGUACGACCAACUGCAAUUUUGUGAAAUCGCAGGAUUUUAGAUUAAAUUUUGACCUUCUGAUCCUUACACAUCAUAUUCUACACACUGAAGAAAACAUCUUUGUUUUGCACAGCUCUGCACAAAUGUUACAACUCAUAUUGCAAUCAAAAUAAUUGCAAUAUGAUAUUUAAAUAAAAUCGUUUAAUCGCUCUAGUCUCAGGAGAGUGAAUUGUUUUCUGAAGUUUGUUUUUGGGCCCAACAGCUACACUUUAAAGAUGCAAAACGUAGAGAUGAGGGAAAGCACAGUAAAUCACAGUUGGCACUGAUGGAGUUGUGCUUGUACCCACCUCUGAAAACAUAGCUAACAAUGCGGACACAAGGGAAAAACAAAUUUAAGAUACUUAUCGUAAGACUCGCCUAAUAACAUAAUAAUAAUAUUCAACUACUUUGGUUUAUGACUUCCUAAGAAUGUGUUUGCAGCUUUUAUAUCAUCGUUACACUGGUUUUUGGUAAAUCCAAACACCAAAAGUCACAAAAGAACACGUGGCAAGUUACUGAUGAAGGCAGCAGUCGAUUAUCAACACGUUGAUGUAGAAAUCGCUGUUUUCUUCAUGGACUUUGGUGCAGAGAGUGAGCGCCUUACAGAAACACACACGUGUCAUUACCUCCAACAACCACACUUCCAAAAAAACAAAAACAACUAUCACUUCAUGCAGACAUGCAUACAUACUGUGAUGUUCUGGACGUUUCGUCGCCAAUAGAAGGUACAAAGUGAUUUUUGAAUAUUUCUCUUGUAGAGUAGUCAGAAAUUGAUGGCUCUUGUUCCUUUUCUGUAUAUUUUUUUAAUGUGAUCCUCUUCAAAAACCUAAUCCAAAUCCUACGACGCUACAUUUUAAUACAGGUGAGGUAUAAAAAUUAUAAUUAUUUUUGUUACAAGUCACCAUAAAUGUCACAAAGGUACAAUGUGAUGUCUUUCAGCAUGUUACGGCCUCGUGUUACAGGUACGUUCUGAUGUUUGUGUUACAAUUAGAAGAAAUGUGAGCAACUGAAGCGUUUGUCUGUGUUUCUGUUGUUUCAGGAGUAACUUAAUGAAACUGUGGUCUGACAAUCUUUGGACACCCGCGAAUAAAUGAAUAAAAAGAAAGUCCAGGCUUUUACUGAUCGUGUA